AUGUCACGAACAACGAGGUACGCGGCGCUGCCGCUGCAAACGCCCGCGGCACACGCCUCGAUGCACCCGCUCGACAGCGUCAAUUUAGUCUCUCGCUGGACGUAUUGGUGGGUGAACCCACUCGUGGAUCUCGCCAACGCGCGCCAGCUCAACGCCGACGACCUCUGGUUGCUUCCGGACCGCCUCGGGUGCGCCACGAUCAGCAGCCAGUUUCUUCCUGCGUACGAGGCCAAGAACAAGUCGAUUCUCCGCGCAUUUGUCUCGGUCUUUGGCUGGAAGGCGGUCUUGAUCGGUUUGAUGCAGUUUGUGGCCAUGCUCGGGUCGCUCUGCGGACCCAUGGUCCUCCAACAAGUGGUCUCGGCCGUCGAGUCGUCGAGUGUCGACUUUUACACGCUUCUGCAGCCGAUCGUGCUUCUUUUCAUCGUCAAGGUGGCUCAGACUGUGAUCCAGACGCAGACGACGCUCCAGAACGAUGUGUUGUUCGUCAAUUUAACAUCGGCGCUCCAGGACCUCUUGUUCCGCAAGUCCCUCGUGCUGGACACAAACUCGCGUCGCGUCAAGAGCACCGGCGAGAUCUCCAAUCUCUUUUCGGCCGACAUGAUGUGGAUCCUGUACGCGUCGUACCAAGUCAACCAGAUCUGGAUCAUUCCGCUCCAGAUUACUGCGCUCAUGUACAUGCUGUGGCAGCUUCUGGGUUCUGCGAUGCUUUGCGGCCUCGUCGUGAUGUUUGUGACGCUCUACAUCAACCGCCUCGUCGCGUCGCUGCUGCGCACCAACUUUGAGGUGAUGAUGGACCGCAAGGAUGCGCGCAUGAAGGUGGUCAACGAGGUCUUUGGCGCGAUGCAGAUCAUCAAGCUCAACGCGUGGGAAGAACGGUACUUCGACAAGAUUACGGCGCUUCGUAACGCCGAGCUCAAGUCGCUUUGGAGGGAGUCGCUGCUCGCUUCCAUGGCCAUUACGAUCAACGGCGCCGGCCCCAUUUUUCUCACGACUGUGUCGUUUGCAGCCUAUGUGCUUUGGCUCGGCGAACCGCUCACGGCGUCCAAGGUGUUUACGGCGCUCAGCCUCUUUUCGAUGAUCAAGGCGCCGAUGAUGACGCUGCCCAACAUCAUUGCCAACUGGAUGCAAGCCUAUGUCUCGUACGGCCGCUUCAAAGAGUUUCUCGCCAUGCCAGAAAAGAACGCAGACCUCGUGAGCAACAAGGUCUCGGGCAGUGACGUGGCCAUUGAGAUUGUCAACGCGUCCUUUGGCUACGACGCCGACAAGCCGCCGCUCUUCUCCAACGUCAACCUUCAAGUCAAGCGCGGCGAGUUUGUCGUGAUCCAUGGCUCGGUCGGCGAAGGCAAGUCGUCGCUCUGCAACGUCCUCCUCGGCGAACUCGACAAGUACGCGGGGUCCGUCGGCGUCAGCGGCCGCGUCGCGUACUUUGCGCAGCAGCCGUGGAUCCAGAACAUGACGAUCCGCGAAAACAUCCUCUUUGGCCACCCGUACGACCGGAAAAAGUACAGUGCCGUGCUCGAAGCGUGUGCUUUGACCAAGGACCUGACGCUCUUUGCGGCCGGCGACCGCACCGAGAUUGGCUCGAAAGGCGUCAACGUCUCUGGCGGUCAAAAGGCGCGCAUCGCGCUCGCGCGAGCGUGCUACAGCGACGCCGAUAUCUUUCUUUUGGACUCGCCCUUGUCGGCCGUCGACGCGAUCGUCCAGAACGAGAUUUUCACCAAGUGCUUUCUCGGUCUCCUUCGGCACAAGACGAUCUUGCUCGUGACGCACUCGCCCGACAUCAUCGCGUCGUCGUACAUUGACCGGACCAUUGAAGUCAAGGACGGGACGCUUAUCGCGUCGGAUGUCAUUGCGAGCAACAAGGCCGACCACCCAAUCCUCGUCACGCCUUUCAAGGCCCAUGCGCGCAACCUCGGUGAGGACGAUGAUGUGUUGGUCGAUGACGCAUCGACCGUCGUCGACAGCCAUGCUGGCCUCGACUACGCCGACGCGCUCGUGUCGCCGUGCGUCAAGUCGCCGUUUGGUGACGCCAAGUACCAAGAGUUCCUCUUCACGCCGGCCAACGAGUCGGACGUCAAGACGUACGACGAAGAGAAGAACGCGCAGGAUACGAGCGGGAAGCUCGUCAUUGAGGAAGAGCGCAACCACGGUCGUGUCUCCAAGGCGGUCUUCCUCUCGUACUUUAACGCUGUCGGUGGCUGGCCCGUUUUGAUUGGUCUGCUUCUUGCCCAGUCGCUUUGGCAGAGUCUGCAGGUUGGCAGCGAUCUUUGGCUCAGCGCCUGGACGAGCAGCGCCGCCAACUUGACGACGACCGAAUUCCGCGAUGGCGCCGGGUAUCACAUCUCGGUCUACGCGGGCCUUGCGCUCGGGUCGGUGCUCAUGAUUGCAGUGCGGGCACUCACCGUCUCGCUCGCUGGCUUGCGUGCGUCCAAGUCGCUGUUUAAUGAGCUCACACAGUCGCUGCUGCGGGCACCGAUGCGGUUCUUUGACACCAACCCGGUUGGUCGGAUCCUCAACCGGUUCAGUGGUGACAUGAGUCAGAUUGACGACGACAUUUCGUUCUCGAUAGGCUACUUCUUUGCGACGCUCUCCAUCCUCGUCUUCUCGCUCGGCACGACCAUGGUGGUGAUCCGCGGCUUUAGCGUUCUCUUGUUGCCCCUGAUGUUAGUCUACUACUCGGUGGGCGCUCGCUACGUCCAGCCGGCACGCGAGAUUGAGCGCUUGAACAAGACGGCGCGGUCGCCAUUGAUGACGCACAUCUCCGAGUCGAUCGACGGUGCGGUGCUACUGCGGUCAUUCGGCACCAAGCAAGUCCGCCGCUUCCAGCGCCUUCACCAGACCAAGGUCAACAACUCGGUUCAAAUGAUGUUUGCGCACGACCUUCUGAGUCAGUGGUUUGCCUUCCGCAUCCAAAUGAUCUCGGCCUGCAUGCUCUUUGUCACGACGUUCUCGCUGCUCUAUCUGCACGAGUACCUCACGGCCGGUUUGAUUGGCCUCGUCUUCAACUACGCGCUUCAAAUCACGACAAGUCUUGAAGGCAUGGUGAGUGUUUGGUCGAAUCUCGAGUCGGCCAUGGUCGCGCCCGAGCGAGUCGCCGAGUACAUCAAUAUUGAGCCGGAAGCGCCCCGGUACAUUUCUGGCGCGACGUCGAGCGCAUGGCCGGCGUCCGGCAGCCUCAAGUUUGAGAACGUCAGCUUCCGCUACAAGCCCAACGACCCGCUCGUGCUCAAGGACCUCAACUUUGACAUUCGGUCGGGCGAGAAGAUUGGUAUCGUCGGUCGCACGGGCGCCGGCAAGUCGAGUUUGACCAUGGCGCUCUUCCGCAUCAACGAGGUUGCGUCCGGCCACAUGUACAUGGACGGCGUCGACACGAAGAGCGUCGGCCUCAAGACGCUGCGCGAGAGCAUGGCGAUCAUUCCGCAAAACCCGAUCUUGUUCAAGGGCACGCUGCGCAACUACCUCGAUCCGUUUGACGACUACUCGGACGACCAGCUCUGGGACGUGCUCACCAAGGUGCGCAUGCAGUCGCGCGUCGCGACCGAAGAGCUCAAGCUCGAGAGUCCGAUCGAAGAGAACGGCGAAAACUACUCGGUCGGCGAGCGCCAAAUGCUGUGCAUGGCGCGGGCGCUCCUGCGGCAGAGCAAGAUUGUGGUCAUGGACGAAGCGACGGCUGCGAUCGACCACGAGACGGACCAGAACCUGCAGCAAGUGAUCCGGACCGCGUUUGCCAAGUCGACCGUCCUCACGGUGGCCCAUCGUCUCGACACGGUCUUGGAUUGCGACCGGAUCAUGGUGUUUGACCAAGGCCGGUGCGUGCAGUGCGACACGCCGCAAGCGCUCAUCGAUGCGGGCGAAGGCAUCUUCUUUGAACUCUGCGACGAAGGCGGCUACUUGGACCGGAUCACGUCGCCUACGACAACGAGCACCGAGUAG